AUGGCAGCAAGUCAUGACGAGCCCCCGACCUUCCACCGCGACUCCCCCUCGCCCGAGACGACACCUGGCCCGGCUCUAGGCUCCAAGGUGGGCAUGGGGAUGCCCAGGUGUCUGUCCACAGCGUCGUCAGUUUCCCGCGGUUCAAGCACCGAUGGCUCUUACCGCGACUCCUUCGGUAGUGAGUCCUACUCUCGACAUUCAUCUUCGAGCUACCAGUCGAGGAGGUCCGACAUCAGCUUUGCCUCGUCCCGCCAAUCGACCAUGAGCUUCGACAGGCCCGCCAAACGACGAGGUUACACGAGGCCCCAGGGAACAGACUUUGCCGCGAGUGCGAAACAGAGGGAGAGCGUCUUGAGUCUGGGGAGCAUAUCACAUCUUCAAUACUACUUUGCGAGGACGGGGCUGCUGGAUGGCAAAGGCGGGCAGUUGUCUAGGAAGCGACACCCUAGGGCCACCCUAGAUCUGUCGUCGCUGGACGCCUCGUCGUACCUGAAUCCGAACGCUGCAGGAUCUGAUGUCGACUCUUCGUACGCUUCGAUGGGCAGUAGCCCGGACUUGGGGGCUCCGAACUUUGGGGGAGGCCCCAUGGUGGAAUCACCCACGGAUGAUCACGAAGGCGGUUUCGAUUUCGACGACUUCGAAGGCACGGAUCCUGACAUCCUGCCGCCAACGACGAGCACAUACAAUCAUCGCGUGAAACCCGUCGCAAGGCCACCUACAAUUGAGGAGCUCAAGGCAGACUUGACACAAGCUCUAGAUGCCGCUUCAAAGGUUCUCGCUGAAGCAGCGCCCUCAUCAGGGGACCCCCCCAGCAAGGAGACCACCACUACUGGUUCAUCCCCGUCCCGGUCACCGAAACCGACGCAAGGCUGGUACGAGAUCCAGGGCAUGCAGGUACUCGACGUGAUGACACUAGCUAUACGAGCUGCAAAGGUGUACUAUACUGCGCACGAUCAUCCAGACCGCUUGGACGCCAUCAAGUCCGAACGGGAAAUCCGCUCAGACUUACUCUCCGUCAUGGAAGUGUUGAAGCACACGGCAACUAGGAAUUUUGCCGGUGGCACUCGUGUCGAUGAGCACGACGUAAUGACCUCGUGGAUUGAAGGCAUACACACGCUGCUCAGAAAAGAGGACGAGAUGGAAAAUACGGAGCGAAGAGAGAGGGCUAGCUGGACAUGGCUGAAGGGCGACUGGACUGGAAGGGAGAUCGAGCGGGAGAUCGCAUUUCUCUCGUCGCUGGACAGCGAGGCGGAGCCAUUACCCCCUUGGACGCCAAUCGAGCAAGCGGCGGAACUGCCAACGCCGUUCUUGCGAAGCAUGCAGAACGGCCUCAGGCUCGUGCAAUUUCACAACGAGGCCGUCAAAAAGUCACGAAGGCGGUUUGGAUCCAUCGGCACGUUCCACACGGACACGCAGAAACCGUACAGGUGCGCAGACAAUCUUCGCUACUGGAUCAAGGCCGGCGAGUUGCGGUGGGAGGUAAUGCUCAAGGUCGACGUCAUGGGCAUCGUCUCCAACAGCAACCCUGAGGUCUGGAAGGGCUUCGAGGCCGCGAUCUGGCAGUGGUGCCGCAAGGUACGGGAGGAGAUCACGGCCGAGUGGGAGAGCUGA